UAUUUUCUUUUUGAAAGAAAAAGGAGAAAAAGAAAUAGUUAAAAAAGGCGUGAUCGUGAAGGUUGGUAACAGUUUGGCUGGGCUAUAAACGCAUUCCAUUCCAAAUAAACUUCUUCUUUCCAUUUCCUCUCUCUCUCGGUAAUCUUAAACAGAAGAGAUUUCAAUUGCAUCCAUCAAGAAACAAGAAACAAGAACAAGAAAGAAGAAGACGACAAAGGGAAAAUUCAAAGAUUGUGGGUGCACGUAAACGCUUUAAAUCUUGGAGGGCUCUCAUUCUAUUUGCAAAUAUAAAUAUAUAAAGCAUAUAAACAAAACAAGAACUUGACGUUCUAGAUUUGUUAAUUUUGGUUCUUGAUACAAGCAAACCAAGAACUGAACGUUCUAGAUUUAUUAAUUUUAGCUCUAGCAAGAAAAUGGAUAGUCUUUGUUUAAAACCUGGAAUUCACAGUAUUACUCCGUCGAUCUCGGUCGGCGGUGGCGGCGCCGCCUUGGAAGUGCGUGCAAAUGCAUCUCAGGUGAGUGCUACGCCACCUCAAAAGGCAGCUUCAAGAUUCUCAUUUAGGUACCCUUUGCAAUCUUUUUGGCCUGGAGGAGGUAAGAGUAAUAACAAUAAUAAUAGAUAUAAUGGGAUGGCUGUAGACGACGCCGUUCUGGUGGAGAAUAAAGAGGAUUCUGAUACAAAAUCAAUGAGCUCAUUAUCCGAGGUACAGAAUGGGAAUAACUGGGUAUUAAAGAUUUUACACGUGAGGUCACUUAGGAAGGACGAAGAGGAAAGAAGUGGCGGUGAAGAGUCAGAUAAUAAUGGUGGUAGGGAUGUUGUUGAAAUGAAUGGCGGCGUUAAUAACGAGGAAGAGGUGGAGGAACACUGUGAUGCGUGUAGAGUUGAUGAUGAUGACGAAAAAGGAAUUGAAUUUGAUAAGGAUUCAUUUUCAAGAUUGUUAAAAAAGGUUUCAUUAGCUGAAGCUAAGCUUUACGCACAAAUGUCAUAUCUUGGAAAUCUUGCUUAUUGCAUACCCAGGAUCAAGGCAGGAAAUCUCUUAAAAUAUCGUGGCCUUCAUUAUGUGACUUCAUCAAUAGAUAAAAGAGAAUUAUCAAUGAAAACAGAGAAAAUUCAGGUGUCAGCUGAAGAUCAAGAAGCAGAAGCAGAAGCAAAGAAAGGGGUUCCAGAGAAGGAGGCAGAGGUCAAGGAACAGAAGAAUAAUGGUUAUCACAUAAGUGCCUCUGCUGCUUAUCAGAUAGCUGCCUCUGCUGCUUCAUAUCUGCAUUCUCAUACAAAAAGCAUACUUCCAUUCAAAUCCUCAAAAUCUGAGGCUGGUAAUGAUUCACCUGAAGGCAGCAAUGGAGGCAAUAAAAAUGUCAACAGCAUAAACUCUGAGGUUGCUUCUCUCAUGGCAACCACUGACUCAGUGACAGCUGUGGUUGCUGCAAAGGAAGAAGUAAAGCAGGCUGUUGCUGAUGAUUUAAGUUCAACACAUUCCUCACCAUGUGAAUGGUUUAUAUGUGAUGAUGACCAGGGUACUAGAUACUUUGUGAUUCAGGGAUCUGAGUCAUUAGCAUCUUGGCAAGCAAAUCUACUUUUCGAGCCUGUUCAGUUUGAGGGGCUGGAUGUGCUAGUGCAUAGAGGUAUUUAUGAGGCUGCCAAAGGUAUGUAUGAACAAAUGCUGCCAGAAGUCCGAACUCAUCUAAAGUCUUGUGGCAGACGUGCAACCUUUCGUUUCACCGGACAUUCUCUUGGUGGGAGCUUGUCUCUACUUAUAAAUCUCAUGUUGUUCAUAAGAAAUGAAGUGCCAGUCUCAGCCUUACUGCCUGUAAUAACAUUUGGUGCACCAUCAGUUAUGUGCGGUGGUGAUUCUCUCCUUCGCAAGCUUGGAUUGCCACGUAGUCAUGUUCAGGCAAUUGCAAUGCAUAGAGACAUCGUGCCCCGAGCAUUCUCUUGUAAUUAUCCUAACCACGUUGCGGAGCUUUUAAAGGCGGUCAACGGGAGCUUCAGGAAUCAUCCUUGUCUUAAUAAUCAAAAGCUCCUAUAUGCUCCAAUGGGGGAUUUUAUAAUUCUACAGCCUGAUGAGAAAUUUUCCCCUCACCAUCAUCUCCUUCCAUCAGGCAGUGGCCUUUAUUUUCUAAGCUGUCCAUUGUCUGAUGCAAAUGAUGCAGAGAAGCUACUCCGGGCUGCACAGAGUGUAUUUUUAAACUCUCCGCACCCACUUGAGAUUUUAAGUGACCGCUCUGCAUAUGGUUCUGAAGGGACCAUUCAAAGGGAUCACGACAUGAAUUCUUACUUAAAAUCUGUGCGCAGUGUAAUUCGGCAAGAACUGAAUCGCAUAAGAAAAUCCAAAAGAGAGAAUCGCCGCAAGUUCUGGUGGUCUAUCUUGGCUCCGCGGGGCAUUGCUGGUGGUGGUGUUCUCAUGGAGAGGCCUCUGGUAUCAAACAACAUGGGCCAAAGCCAAUUCAAUUUCUCUGGGGUCUUACAUACAGGGAGAGAAUCAUUCAAAAGGUUCAGCAGGCUUGUCGCAUCACAGCACAUGCAUUUGCUUGUGGUUCUUUUAUUCCCCGCAAGAUUGUUGUUGCUGGGGGCAUACAGCGUGAUCAACAUCCGUUGAUUAGCCCAUCAAUAUAGGUACAUUGCAUUUCUGUCAUGGGAUGUUGUACAGGUUACAUUCACAUGGCCAGCAAGAUCAUUAGAUGAUUCUUUAUUCAUUUCAAGAAAAAAAAAAAAGAAUAGAAGAUUCAAAUUCUGUCAGUGCAUUAUAAUUCUGGAAAUGUUGAAAUAUUAUAUUGAGGGGAAACUACAGACCAGUUUGGGUCCAUACAAAAGAUUUUACAGUUGGAAUCUAGCUGUAAAUUCUGUGAGAACUGAUGUUAUGAGCAUAUUAUUGUUGUGCAGUUAUCAGGUUUUACCUCUUUCUGUAUCAUCAAUUUCAAAGAUUUCUGAUUUAUUA